GAAAGAAUAUGGAUUUUCUUUUAUGUGUUAAUCAAUGUUAAACCCCACAAAGCAUGUGGAGCAGCCCCCUCACUUCAGGAUGGGUAACUAAUAAUUGAGCGGGUAACUAAAUAUUCAAAAACACUACGUAAUCCCAGAGUACAUUGCUCCACCGUCUGCAUUACCUAAUCCCAUAAGCCAUCGCGGGGGGGCGUGGUUAUGGCUAGUUGUCAGAGCAACCUGCAUGUCAUUAGACAUACCCCACCCACGAAACCGUCUCCAGCCAAUCAGAGGCCGUAGAAAUGACAUCAUUGUUAUUUUCAGUAGAGCUGCAGCUUAGAGGUGGAUAAAGUUCGUCUCCACGUUGGAAGUGAUAGAAAGUAUUAUCCCUAUUCAGACUCUGUUUGUGCUUUUUGGGAAGGAGGGUCAAUCAAAGAGGAUACCUGAGGAGUGAAAACACGGAGGCUCGGCGGCGGCGGAACAAAGGUUUUUGUUGAUGAUCUCGCGCUUCACAAGGGAAAAGUUUUCUCAGGACACGAAGUUGUCAAGUGAGUUGAACUUCAACAAUAGGCGGACUCUAUCACAAGACAGUCGAGAGACAGGGAGUCACAGGACACAUGUAAACAGUCUUUGACUUUAAAAAAAAAAGGAGAAUAGAGCUCCCUCAAGGUGAUUUAAAGAAACUUUAUGUCCAGAAAAAUGGAAGCGACGUUUUACGACGAAGCCGUGAAUGCCUCCAGCUCUCAGCAUGACGGGCCGACGGUGUAUGGCUUCAACCCCAAAACCCUCAAACAGACCAUGACGCUAAACCUAAACGACCCGAAAAACUUCAAACCCCAGCUGAGCGCCAAGGCCCUGGACAUCCUGACGUCCCCUGAUGUGGGCUUGCUGAAGCUGGCCUCGCCCGAACUGGAGAGACUAAUCAUCCAGUCCUGCACGGGGCUGACGACUCCCACCCCGACCCAGUUCGUCUGUCCCAAGAACAUCACCGACGAGCAGGAGGGGUUCGCGGAAGGCUUCGUGAGGGCUCUGGCUGAGCUCCACUACCACCAGCAGACACCCGCCGUCCACCCUGACGCACAGACCGGCGCGUCCAGCGGCAUGGCAUCCGGCUCCGCUGCGUCCGAGAGCGGCGGGAUUCCCUACAGCUGCACGGUGCGCUCCGACCCGCCUGAGUACACAAACUUGGGGGCUUUCAGCCGGGCUGUGGGCUCCGCGUCUGCACCUGCCACCGAGAGGCACCCACCUGUAAGUUACCCAGCCGCCCCACAGCCGUCCCACAACCACAUGGACCUGGCGGCGGCGCAGCACCCGCGGCUACACGCGCUCAAAGAGGAGCCGCAGAUCGUGCCCGAGAUGUCCGGCGACACCCCGCCGCUCUCCCCCAUCGACAUGGAGAGCCAGGAGCGCAUCAAAGCGGAGAGGAAGCGCAUGAGGAACAGAGUGGCCGCGUCUAAAUGCCGGAAAAGGAAGCUGGAGAGGAUCUCCCGGCUGGAGGACAGGGUCAAAAACCUGAAGAACCAAAACACGGAAUUGGUUUCCUCCGCCAACGUCCUCCGGGACGAGCUGGCUCUGCUCAAGCAAAAGGUCAUGGACCACGUUAACAGCGGCUGCCAGCUCAUUCUGACGCAGCAGCUCCAGGCUUUCUAGACUGCCAAGGGAAAAUAACCAAGGGACAUUUCUUGGGGACCAAAUGCAGCUUAAAGUGGCCUGCUCAGCCAUGCGGGGGAGCUCCCUGCGUCUGGCAGAAAAUUUCCACCAAAAAAAAAAUCCGCUCAGGCUGAAUCCACUAAGUUUCUGCAGACAAAGAGACUGACAAGACACUCUUAAUGAAAUAUUACAGAGCAGAGGUCACCAAACCUAUUGCACAGAGGGACAGAACUGUUUCAAAUAGCCCUCUGAUAUUUCUGGCAAUUUUGUCUUUUUUUUUUUUCCUUCUUCCGACUCAAAACUACAAUUUGCAUUAAGUCAAGCCAAGGUAGUAUGGCAAGGGGCAAUACUCAAAGCUAAUUUUAAAUGAAGUCCCCUGCAGCUUUGCAUCCUGACAGACACCCAGAGCCUGCGUGGGAUCAGAUUGCAAAUGGACAAGAAACACAAUGUGAACGAGCUCCCACUAUGUCAAGUAACAAUGUAUGCAUAUAGACUUGAGUCAAGCACUGAGUAUCCCACCAGCGACUAUACAGUAUGUACAGAGUAACACUAACAAACAAAAAAAAGUCACACCAUUACGCAGGACUCUUAUGGGUGUGUGUGUAGCGUUUACUGACAAAACUGCCUUACUUUCUUAACCUUUAUGUUCAUACAACUUUGUGAUAUAGGUGUAACUCAUGUUAGACCUGAAAUAACACUUUGUAAUAUUUGUACGCUGUAUUUUAAGCACUUCAGAACUGUAAAUAUGACAAAAUAAAAUGUUGGACACGC